UUCCUUGGCCCCAUUCUCUUCUUUACCAUCUAUUUAAAACCUCUGCCUCUUGCUUCUUUCAAAUCAUUCAUCAGCAUUGCAGUGUUUUUCUCUAUAUAUCUUAGAGAAAGUGCUGCAUUUCUCUUGAAUCACAUAUAUAGUUUGCAAUAAAACAAAAGGAAAGAUCAUGGCCCGCCAAGUUAUUGUUGUUGCACUUGUUUUUAUGGCUGUUGCUGGGGCAUUUGCCGCCGAUUCAUCACCUUCACCUGCCCCUUCAACGGCUCCCAAGGCUUCUUCACCUGCAAAGUCGCCAUCUUCUUCCCCUGCUGCCUCCCCCAAGUCAUCAUCCUCUGCCGCCCCAUCUCCAUCCUCCACCACCAACUCUAGCAGCAGCCCCGCCUCCUCACCAUCGAAAUCCACCGAGGCACCCAAGUCCUCUGCUGAAUCCCCAAAAUCUUCAAGCGCUCCUGCUGCUACCCCCACCAGCUCUAGCUCAAGCGAGAGUGCCAGCAGCGAGGCACCCUCUGCUGAGUCCCCCGAGCUCGCAUCCCCCCCUGAACCAACCGCUAACGCCCCUGCUUCUGGCCCUGCUGCUGCUGAUGGCCCUGAUGCUGCAGCCAGCGAUGAAACUACCGCAGCAGCACCAGAUAGUGCAUCUGAUGCCGCUGCUCUCCAAGCCUUUGGCAUCGUUGGUGUUGCAGCUGUUGCAGGAUUCUUCUUCUUCUAAGCUUGACAUGCACAUGCAUCGAGGGUUUUGAGAUUAAUGUUUUUCUAAUUUUUGUAUGUAAUAUCCAAGCAAAACAGUUGUAUUCAUAUGUGAAAGAUGUUCUAGAGGCCUCAUAAA